AUGUCUGUGAGUACUCUGCUUCUUUUCCUGGUCGGGACCUCGUUGUUCCAGGAAGCUACGUCGAACUUGACUGUCUUCAAGACCAGCACAGGUGUUGCAAUAGACGGAGGGUCCGUAAAUGCUUCACUGGCCGUCAUGUCUCAGAAUAACAACGACGAGUGUGAUGAUGUGAUGAACGUCAGUGCUGCAGACCGCUGUGCGUUUGUCAAGAACACACCCGACUGCAGAAUUGAAGAUGGCUUCUUUAACUAUCUUCAAGUGGCCUUCUGUCUGCUUCCCCCCAACCUUACACCACUCACAGUCAUCCUCUGUAUUAUAUGGCUGUUCUUUUUGUUCGUCAUACUUGGUCUCGUCGCAUCUAAAUUUUUUUGUCCCAACCUCUCCGCGAUCUCCACAAGUCUGCGUCUCACUCACAACGUAGCUGGUGUGACCUUCCUCGCUCUUGGUAAUGGAGCUCCGGACAUCUUCAGCGCCAUAGCCGCGUUUUCUCACCCUCACACCGCCGGGCUGGCAGUCGGAGCUUUAUUUGGUGCCGGUAUAUUUGUCACUACGGUCGUGGCGGGAAGCGUGGCCCUGGUCAAACCUUUCACCGUCGCCUCUCGUCCUUUUCUGCGUGACGUCAUCUUCUACAUGGUGGCAGUUUUCUGGACUUACCUCAUCCUGUACAGAGGGACUACCACACUUGGAGAAACACUGGGGUACUUGGGCCUGUAUGUGGUGUAUGUGAUGACAGUCAUCAUCAGCGCCUACAUCUAUAGCAGACAGAAACGGAUGCGAAGUGCCACGAUCGACAGUGUUUCACAUAUUCAAGAGGCGUUUGAGUCGUCGGACUCGUAUGAUAACAUUCCCCCUCUCCUCGCUGGAACGGAGGAAUACGAGUCAGAGUACAGGCCGCUCCUGCAGUACAACGAGUCCACCUGGCAGAUUUUUCUGAACUCUAUCAAUCCGGUGGACAACAGGAAGUGGAGGAGAAAAAACUGGAAAUGGCGAGUCGUCAAAGUAUUGAAGACCCCCGUGGAGGUCAUGCUGCUGCUGUGCAUUCCCGUUGUAGAUCUGGACAAAGAAGACAAGAACUGGAGACGACCGCUCAACUGUCUUCAUUUGGUCACCGCGCCACUCGUGUGCGUCCUCACUCUCCAGUCGGGAAUGUUUGCAAAUUAUUUAAUCGAGGGCCAGUUUCCUUUGUGGUUGCUGACUCUUCUGCUGGGACUCUUCCUGUGUUCUAUCGUGUUCUGCAGCACCACGAACGAGUGUCCACCUAAAUAUCACCCUAUUUUUGCUCUUUUAGGAUUCGUGGUGAGCGCGGUGCUGAUCAGUGCUGCUGCAUCCGAAGUGGUCAGUAUUCUGCACAUGCUGGGAGUGGUGCUCAGUCUCAGUAACACUGUGCUGGGCUUGACUCUCUUGGCCUGGGGGAACAGCAUAGGCGACUGUUUUUCAGACAUCACCCUCGCUCGACAGGGUUACCCCAGGAUGGCCAUAUCAGCCUGCUUCGGGGGCAUCAUUUUCAAUAUGUUGUUUGGAGUGGGUUUGGGCUGUCUCGUGCAGAGGAUCAAAACACACAUUGAAGUGCAGUUGGAACCAGAGGGACUGCUGACGUGGAUCCUGGCAGGUUCUCUAGGGUUGUCUUUGGUUCUGUCCUUCCUCAUCGUUCCAUUGAGCCGUUUCCACUUGGGUCGGCCUUACGGCGUCUUUCUCCUCACCUUCUACGCCAUUUUCCUCUUGGUUGCUCUGCUCGCCGAGUUUCACAUUGUUUAA